AUGCAGUUCUCCAUCAUCGUCGCCAUUACCCUCGGCGCGUUUGCUGUCGCCUCACCCGUUGCUCCGCGAGACCUCUCCUCCUGUAUCGCUGACGUCACUACGACGCUGAACUCCUGUGUUAGCCGUUGCGGCACGGAUUCGAACUGCACGCGCGAAUGUGAUACGAAUGGCACCAAUGCCAUCCAACGCUGCAUUUCCGAUAAUCCCUCUGGAUAG